AUGGAAAACAAACACGAGGCUGAAGAAAAUGUUCAUCUUUUCGUGCUUAUUCACGGGCUUUGGGGCAGUCCCAACCAUUUGCAAACCGUGGAAAAAGCGGUGGUGAACUCUUUAGCCGAAGUUUCCGAAGAGCGAAUUGUCACACUCAAACCUUCGUCGUUCCGGUUCUGGAAAACAUACGAUGGCAUCCCCAGAUGUGCUUCGAAGGUGAUUGCAGAUCUUUUCUAUGAGAUCGAGACGUUGAAGAAAAACCACAAGAGCAAAGUGUCCAAAAUCAGCAUCGUUGGAUACUCUUUGGGUGGUUUGAUAUCACGAUACAUGAUUGGCGUGUUGUACGAGUUGGGUUUUUUCGACGAGGUCCAGCCGGUAUUUUUCUCAACGUUUGCUACUCCUCACAUUGGCGUCCGCUUUUUCAAAAAGGGAUUGUUUGACAAAACGGCCAAUAUCGUUGGGAGAUACUUGUUUGGGUCGACGGGACUAGAGCUUUUCUUGGGUGAUUCGGCGCAUUUGCUAGAGGAAAUGGCCACGCCCGGAUCGAGGUAUUUCGAAGGCUUGAAAUUGUUCGAGAUGCGGCUCCUAUUGGCCAACAUCAAAAACGACCGAAGCGUAGCGUUUUUCACAAGCUACAUCACCGAAUAUUCGCCUUUUGACCAGAUGGAUUCCAUCAAUAUCAACUAUUUGAAGGACUUACCUUCGUCGAAAGUUGGAAGCGCCACCGUAUGGCCCAAAUUUGUCGAUUUGCGCCAAUCUCAUAGAAUCACAGAUGUGAAACUGCGCCUGGGAAAUAAACAGGAGGCCACCUCUUUUAUUAGAUCCAACAAACUAGUACGGUGGACGCUUUUGCUUUCAGCUACUGUUGUUCUUCUUCCUGUUUACAUCCCGCUAAUUAUAAGCUUGUCGCUAUAUGUGUCUGGUUAUAGUAUGGUGAAGAUCCGCUGUCUUUCACCUCUCGACCUUCUGGGCCACUGGGAAGCUGUGAAAGAAGCAGUUUUCCACGGAGGGACCAUUGACCUGAAACAUGCAGAACAGGGUGAAUCCAGAAGACAAGAGAGACUUCAUUUGGCCCGCCAUGAAAGUUUCAAAGGAGACACCUCAAACUUAACUGAAAACGUGAUGGAAAACAUGUUGUUGGCUGAAGACAAAUUGGCCAACGAUCAAACAAAUCUCGUUGAGGAGAACGAAGAGGACGAGAAUGAAGAGGGAAAUAACACGGAAAACGUUGACGAUAGAGACUCUGAGGAUGAUGACAAUAAUGAAAGCGCAAACGAUACAGAUACUGCCAUAUCCAAACAGGAGGAAAGUCCACUUCUUCUGGACAAGGAUGGCCAGCGCAAAUCUGUGUUUUCCUCCCUUUUCAAGAAGAAACCACUUGUCAUUCUGACAGCAGAAAAUGACAAGGCCAUCGAAGAGCAUUUGGCCCAACUCAAGUCGUACGUCCCAGAAGAGUAUCCUUUAUUCCUGGAAGAUGUGAAGUUGCCCGUUUUGGAUACCCAGAAACGCAUGAUUGACAAUUUGAACUCAUUGGAUUGGGUGAAAAUCGCCGUGUAUCACGAUCUGUUCAAUGCCCAUGACGGAAUUGUGGCCCGCAGAGGCGCAAAGACAAAUCCAAAAGGAACAUGCACAAUAUACUUAUGGGCGUCAAUUCUCCGGCAGCACUUGAAAGAUCGUUAG